CUCUGCCUCAUCACCUACUCCGCCUGCGCCUGCGAGCUGUGCUGUGCUGUGCUGUGCUGCGCAACGGGGAGAUCCAAUCCACAGAACAGGAUGCAGUCCAAGCACCGGGUCUUCGCGGAGGACCUGCUCCUGGCGGCGGCGGCGGAGGGCGAGGACCACUUCGACCGGGUGCCCGACUCCCUGGUGCUCCUCAUCUUCAACAAGCUGGCCGACGCGCGGUCGCUGGGCCGCUGCUCCGCGGUGUCGCGCCGCUUCAGCGCGCUGGUCCCGCUCGUGGACGACGCCUGCCUGCGCAUCGACCGCGUCAUCCCCGCCGACGCCGCCGACGCGGGGGCGCCGCGCCCGCGCGCCGCGCUCUCGCACCUCCUCAAGUCCGUGCUGCUCGCCGUGCUCAAGCCCUUCGCGCACUGCGACGCCAAGUCCGCGUCGCCGCAAAAGCACGCGCAGCAGCAGCAGCAGCACCACUCGCCCGCCCAGGUGCUCAGGAACUUCAGCAGCAUCCGCAGCCUCCGGAUGGAGCUCCCGGUCUCCGACGUGGGCACCGACGACGGCGUCGUGCUCAGGUGGAAGGCCGUCUUCGGCAGCACGCUGCAGAGCUGCGUCAUCCUCGGCGGCACCAGGGUGGACCGCGCCGCGGCCGCGGCCGCGGGACCGCCGCACGCCCCUUCCUCCGCUCCCCCCGCGGGCGACGACGACGGCGGCAGCAUCCCGGAGUCCCUGUACACCAACGGCGGCCUCAAGCUGCGCGUGGUCUGGACCAUCAGCUCCCUCAUCGCCGCGGCCACCAGGCACUACCUCCUCCGCGAGAUCGUCAAGGAGCACCCCACCCUGGAGCGGGUGGCGCUGACGGACGCCGGCGGGCAGGGCACGCUCAGCAUGGGGCGCGACCAGCUCAGGGAGUUCAGAGACAGGCCGCUCGCCGCCGCGCCCGCCGCCGCCGCCAACCGCACGCAGGUGCCCGCCUGCAACAUGAAGCUGCGCUACGCGCCGCUGCUGGAGCUCUCGGACGGCACCAGGAUCCACGGCGCCACGCUCGUGGUCAUCAAGCCCGUCGGCGACGCCGGCGGGAAGGACCUCGACGAGCUCGGCGCCGGCGCCUUCGACGGGCCCCUGAGGGAGGCCGUGGCCGCGCUCGGCAAGCGCCGCGCCUACCUGCUCGAGAUGAACGGCUUCUAGUCUGUGCGCCUCUCUGCUCCAUGGCAAUGGGCAUUGUUAAUUGGCCAAUGGGCAACGGCAACUAGCUAGAUUGCUCCUCCGCUCGCUUCACCUCAGCUGUCAGUCAGCUCCUGUCCUGACGAUAUCCUUGUGGAAAAAAAACAGUAGUAUAGAAUGGAGUGGGCAGCGCCAGCCGGCCAGCUUCACAGUGCAUUCUGAUGCUAUCAUGAACGGAAAUGAAGCAGUCAGUCACAUUUUGAAUC